AUAAACCGAAAGCAAACACGACAAAUAUCAUCUUAGUACAAGACAUUGUAUAACAAACAAAAUGAACAAUUUUCAAAUAUUUUCCAUUUUGUUUGGCAUUCUGCUCAUUACUUUGAUAUCUUCUGAAGCAGGGACCAUCCAAUCUUUAUUGAAAAAUGAGCAACUUACAAAAUUGUUAGUCAAACGCUCACCAGAUAGUGACAGUAGCAGUUCUGACAGUAGCAGUUCUGACAGUUGUGAGGAUAGUUCUCAAUAUUGUGUAGAACUUUGCUGUGAUAAGGAAGAAACGACUUUAGCACCAGGACCAUCACCAGGACCAGCACCGGGAUCAGCACCGGGAUCAGCACCGGGAUCAGCAUCGGAAUCAGCACCGGAAUUAGACCCGAGAUCAGCACCAGGACCAGCAAAACAGAUUGUAGAAAGCAUAAAAAAAGAGUUAAAAGAAAAACAAGACGAAUUAGUUGUCAAUAAGAAAAAAGAACUGAAUGCGCAAAAUGUUGUAAAUAAUUACGUAAGAGAAUUAGACAAUAAGGUAUAUAAACAAGUAUAUAACCUACUUCAUCAAAAUGGAAAUGAGGGUAACAUUGUGAAAGUGCCUGAUCAAGUCCUUAAUAAAUUGAUUAAUAUGCUGGAAAAGAACAAGGAAAAUGUAGAAAAUUUAGAUAAUGCAAAAAAAGACGUAAAAACAUUAGAAAAUGAAAUAUCAGAUAUAAUUAAAAAAUUAUCUGCACCACAAGCAAUUUAGUUUACAGAAAGAUUAGCCCAAAUGACGAUUAGGUUAAAAAAAAAUAAAGUUUAAUAUAAAUUAAAAUUAGAUUGAGGGGAAAUUUACUUAUAUCGAUGUAAUAAUCAUUAAUAUUUUGUAGUAAGUGUAUAAUAAUAUUGAUAAUAGGUGUAACAUUAUAGCCUAAUGAGUGGUCAAGUGUACACUUCUUUAACAAGUAAAUUCCCCCUCGAAUUAGAUUAGAUACAGAUAAGGCCAUAUUCUAUAUGUAUUAUGAUUUUACUAAUUAUUAUAUGUUUUAUAUUCUUUAUUAUUAUUAGUUUUGGAUAGGUUAUAAGUAUUUUAAAUAUUUUUAUAUUUCUCUCUUGUUUAUAGGAUUUAUAGUUUUUUCGUUUAUUCUAUUUUUAAUUGCUGUUCUUAUGGUUUUCUUGUGACAUAAUAAAUAAAUUAUAAUUAAAAUAA